GGUGUGGAAGGUGGAGGCAGUGCGGUGGCGCGGCGGCGGGAUGCACCACGGCGGCGAAAGCUUCAUCCACGCGGAGCUCUUCCUUUUUAUUUUUUGUACGGGCUUUGUCUCGUGGACGCGGAUGAGCCGCGCCGCCGCCACCGGAAAAUGCGGACGGACAUGAGGAUAUUGUUACUUUUCUACGCGGCGCUGCCGAAGCUUCUCGUCUCGGAAGCAGUGAGUGAGGAGUGUGAGGAUGGACAGUUCCAGUGUGACAACAAAAGGUGUAUCCCCACCUUGUGGAGGUGUGACGACGAUGACGACUGCUCGGACAACAGCGACGAAGAUAACUGCCCCAGGAAAACGUGCGGCCCCGCGGAGUUCGCCUGCCUGAACGGCCAGUGUGUCCCGGAGAGAUGGCGCUGCGACGGGGAACCAGAGUGCCCCGACGGCUCCGACGAGGCGGAGGAGACUUGCAGCAAACAGACUUGCCCACCAGAGAAGUUCGACUGCGGGGGAUCCAACAAGUGUGUCUCGUUGUCAUGGCGAUGCGACGGAGAGAGGGACUGCGAGAACGGGGCGGAUGAGGAAGACUGUGCAUCUGAUGCCAAAGCCUGCCCCGGCGGCGAGUUCAUGUGCGCCAACCGCAAGUGCUUGGCCGCCGCCCACUCCUGCGACGGCGACGACGACUGCGGGGACGGCAGCGACGAGCUGAAGUGCGCCUCGCCGCUCACCUGCGGCCCCAACCACCUGCGCUGCAACACCUCCGAGUGCGUGCCGCUCAUGUGGAGCUGCGACGGGGACCCGGACUGCGCCGACGGCUCGGACGAGGGGCCCGAACGCUGCGGCGCCGACGGCGUCCAUCCCGCCCACCGCCGGGCCAACUGCACGGCGGGGGAGUUCCGCUGCGCCAACGGCGAGUGUGUCCGACUCGGCUGGAAGUGUGACGGCGACCCCGACUGCAAGGACAAGUCCGACGAGUCCGACUGCCCUGUGCUGACGUGCCGCCCUGACGAGUUCCAGUGUGGCGACGGUUCUUGCAUCCACGGCACCAAGCAGUGCAACAAGGCGGACGACUGUCCCGACCACAGCGACGAAUCGGGCUGCCUCAACGCCACCAGAUGUGAGGGACCACUGAAGUUCCAGUGCAAGAAUGGCGAGUGUAUCGACAGUUCCAGAGUGUGCGACUCGGUCAAGGACUGCAAGGACCGGUCGGACGAGCCCAAGAAAGAGUGCGGGCUUAACGAGUGUACGAUCAACAAUGGCGGCUGCUCCCACGUCUGCGUGGACUCACCCAUCGGAUUUGAAUGUCAGUGCCCCGCCGGCUACCAGCUACUGGACAAGAAGACUUGUGGGGACAUCGACGAGUGUGAGAACCCGGACGCCUGCAGCCAGAUCUGCAUCAACUACAAGGGCGACUUCAAGUGUGAAUGCUAUCAAGGCUAUGAGAUGGAUCCGGUCACAAAGACCUGCAAGGCAGAGGGAAAAAGCCCGUACAUCCUGUUCACCAACCGACACGAGAUCCGGCGCAUGGACCUGGUGAAGCGGGACUACAGCCAGGUGGUAUCCACCCAGAAGAACGCCGUGGCCCUGGACCUGGACGUGGCCAACAACCGGGUCUUCUGGUGCGACCGUUUCCAUCGGAAAAUCUACAGUGCCUUCAUCCACGAGGCGGGCGAGCCGUCCCAGCAGGUGGCGCUGGUGGACGCCUCGCUGCAGACCCCCGUGGGUCUGGCUGUGGACUGGCUGCAGCACAACCUGUACUGGGCCGACUCCGGCGACAAGUCCAUCUCGGUGGCCUCGGUGGACGGCACCCGGAGACGCGUCCUCAUCGACGCCGACCUCAGCGAGCCCCGAGCCAUCGCCUUGGACCCCCAUCACGGUUUCAUGUACUGGUCCGACUGGGGCACCCGGGCCAAGAUCGAGAAGUCCGGGAUGAACGGAGUGGACCGGCAGGUUCUGGUGGCGGACCACAUCGAGUGGCCCAAUGGGGUCACUCUGGAUGUGGCGAACCGCCGUCUGUACUGGGUGGACUCCAAGCUGCACCUCAUAGCCAGCGUGGACCUGAAGGGGGCGCACCGCAGGACGCACAUGGCCGGCGCGGAGCGGCUGGGACACCCCUACGCUCUGGCCGUGUUCGAGGACCGCAUCUACUGGACGGACCGAGACAAGGCCUCCGUCUUCAUGGCCAACAGGCUGACGGGCGGAGACGUCCACACCUUGGCCGAAAACCUCAACGACCCUCACGACAUCGUGGUCUUCCACCGGCUGCGGCAGCCCCAAGGUCCGGACAGCUGCAAUCUGGGCAGCGUGGCCAACGGGGGCUGUGAGUAUUUGUGUCUCAAAGCCCCCCAGAUUACGGAGCACUCCCCUAAGUACACCUGCGCCUGCCCCGACGGACAAGACCUCGGUCCUGAUAUGAGAGGCUGCGUUCCAGCGCCAAGAAACGACAUGCCGCCCACAUCCUCGCCAGAUGCCGCCACGCCCGCUGCCACGGAAACCGCUCCCAAAGACACCCUGCCGCCUUCGGAGGCGGUCUCCCAGGCGGACGCCGCCGCGGUCUUGACGACGUCGCCUCUCGCCGCCCUCCAGCCGCACACGCCCCUCAGCACGCUGAAGGCGGCGGCGUCGCAGGAGUCCAAGGCGCUGGGCUCUCACUCGACCGCCACCGUGACGGUUGAGUCCACCACGCCGGCGGGGGACAGCAGCGUGUCGCAACACUCUGGAGGCGAGCAUUUCAUCUUGGGUGAGAACCUGACAGUGGCAGUCCUAGGAGUGGUCAUCCCUAUUGUUCCUAUCAUUGCCACAGUGGUCUUCGGCCUGGUCUGCGCCGGGGUCUACCUGGUGUGGCGGAACUGGAAGCGCAACUCCACCAAGAGCAUGAACUUUGACAAUCCCGUCUACCGGAAGACCACCGGCGAGGGCGAGGAGGACGAGAUCCACAUCGGCCGGACUGACGCAGCAGGGCACCACGCGCACCACCACCACCACCACCACCACACGUACCCGCAGGCCGUCGGCGUGGGAGUCGUCGGCGCAGGGGGCGGCACCUGCCCGCAGUUCAUCGCCCUGCCGCUCGGGGGCAGCAUGCCCGAUCCGGGGACUCACUGGUACGCGGAGCAGCCGAUGCUCGCCACCGCAAAGUGAACCGGCAAGAGGGCUUCAGGGGGAAAGAAGGCCGCCGAGGCACAUGCAGAUAGAACACCGCCAUGUUCCGUGCCAAUAUUUCUCAUGUUUCGCGUUGAUGGCGUGUGUGUGUGUGUGUGCCAAGUAUUUUGUAACAAAGGUUGUGUUUUUUUACUUUUGUGUCGAUGGGACAAUCUGUACAGAUCCAUGAAAGGGACAAAAAAAAAAGCAAUUCAUUCCCAAGCUCACCCGUUUGAGCUCAUGAGGGUGAGCGUUCUUUCAGAGUGCAGUUAUCAACGUGUAUCCCCUCGCUGUGAUUUCGAAACUCGUACGACUCGUACGAGCUUUGACAGCAGCAAUAAUUGAGAGGACGGGCACGUGGUGCGCUGUCCCCCGCAAAAAAAAAAAGAAAACAAGCACUGUGUCGGGCUUCCCUGGAGCCCAGCAGGGGGCAGCGUGCGGUCACAAAACCCCAGUCGUCCCUUCUCCUGAAAUUCGACCCUCCUGAGUUUGGAGGGUCAAACGGGACAGAAGGAAAUACCCGAAUACCACCUUAGAAUAAUGACAUCAUUGUGUCAUUAAUCGAUUAAAAAUUGAAUAAAUAAAUGCACUAUUAAAACAUGUAAAUCCUUUAAUUAUUCCACAUCAAUUUCCCCAUAGUCCCGGACUAUAAGCCCCUACUUUUUUCCCACGCUGUGAACCUCGCGGCUUAUAAAACGGUGCGGCUAAUUUAUGGAUUUUUUUUGUUUUUUGGCAUGACGGCCAUGAUGUUUUGUACGCCACAAACAAGUUUUCACAGAACACACAAAAGGUGUGUUAUUGUUUGUGCUAUGGCAGGUGCUGCAGGUUGAAAUUGUACUUCCUGUUUGGUGCCUUGAACCGAAAGUAUAUCCUGUUUCGUCUACUAUUCAUACUCGUAUGAAUUCUUCAUUCGUCACUCCAAGCAACAUUUUCAAGCAUCACAAUAUAACUAAAACUAUUCUGAAUUACUAGAGUGUCACAUGUGUUGAUGUCCGUAGGAGUGUUUUCAUGCAUGUUUGCAUGAAAACUAAUGUUUUCAUGCAAAUAUGCAUGAAAACGCUUACGAGUGUCUGUGUUAGUAUUAUUAACUCACUUCUGUUUUGUUUGAUCAGCCGUUUUACUGCCCUGUUACAGACUCUGUUUGGAAACAAUUAAGGUAUUUAAAUAAACAUUCAUAAAACCUUUCACGCCGGUACAUAUGUGGGACUUAUAGUCCGGUGCGGCUAAUAUUUGUAU